GAAGAUUUGAGAAGCGCUGGUCCGUCCGUCUAAUACACAACGUGUAAACAGACAAAAAAGGACCGCAAUUGACCUAAAAUGGAGAAUUUAAAUGUGUGGGCUUUCCAUCUCUUCCAGGGUCUCCUUUAAAUCAAAUUGUACUACUUUGAAGCUCAAGCCCUGAUACAUGUGCAAAGAUGGAUAAAUUGCGUAUGAUGUUCCAGUUCCUUCAAUCCAACCAGGAAUCUUUUAUGAAUGGGAUCUGUGGUAUCAUGGCCCUGGCUAGUGCACAAAUGUACUCUGCCUUUGAGUUCAGCUGCCCGUGUAUUCCGGAAUAUAACUACAGCUAUGGGAUUGGGCUGCUGAUCAUCCCUCCCAUUUGGUUUUUCUUACUGGGAUUUGUAUUGAACAAUAAUGUGUCUGUGCUAGCAGAAGAGUGGAGAAGACCGACGGGAAAGAGGACAAAGGAUCCAUCAAUCCUUCGCUACAUGUUCUGUUCAAUCACACAGAGAUCUUUGAUAGCACCUGCAGUUUGGGUGUCUGUGACUCUCAUGGAUGGCAAGAGCUUCCUCUGUGCUUUCAGCAUCAAUUUGGAUAUUGACAAGUUUGGCAACUAUACUCUAAUCAAUGGGAUGUCUGAGACAGAGAAGAUAAAACUGUUGGCGAAGAUUCCAUGUAAAGAUUUGUUUGAGCAUCAUGAAAUAAGAGUAGGAGCGUCCCGUUACAUCAAGUGUAUAUCACAGGCUUGUGGCUGGAUGUUUUUGCUCAUGAUGACGUUCACAGCCUUCCUGAUUCGUGCUAUUCGACCUUGCUUUACUCAGGCUGCUUUUCUCAAAACCAAAUACUGGUCUCAUUAUAUCGACAUUGAGCGCAAGAUGUUCGAUGAGACUUGUAAGGAGCACGCCAAGAGCUUCGCCAAGGUUUGCAUCUAUCAGUACUUUGAAAAUAUUAGUGGAGAGAUGCGCAACUUACAUCAUCACUCCAGCAAGGAUGACAGCGACUACGAAGAUGAUGAUAAGAGAAGGAGUGAGGAAGACAAGCUCCUUGGUAUAAGGGUCCAGGAUGACAUGAAUAAAGCUUUGUGGAAUUGGCACACUUGCAAGCCAGCUCUUGCACUGAAUAAAGAGCAAAUAAAUGGCGAAAACAAUGCCAAACUGCAUGGAGAGGCCAAUGGAGCAGGAAAUGGGUUUGCAAAUGGCCACACCCAUAAUGUGGGGAAAAAGGAAUGGGCGGUGUAUUACAGUAAAGUCUGACCUCAAAGGGACGAAGGACUAUGUGCCUGAAAUGCCUUUAGUUUUCAGAGAGUAUCAAAAAUAUAUAUGGUGGCUUAGAACAGGACUGAAGCGAUUGGCUGGCGACCAGUUCAGGGUGUACACCGCCUCUCGCCCGGAGAUAGCUGGGGUGGACUCCAGCCCGCCCACGACCCUAGUGGAGGACAAGCGGUACAGAAAAUGGAUAGAUGGAUAAAUGAAUCGUACAAGGAGGUGUUGCAAAUAUGUUUUCACCGAGGUCAAGUCACCAAAAUAUUAGAAACACACAUGCGAUGAACUGCAAACUACACCACAAUGAUAAACAGGAAUAACUGCCUGGCAGCAUCACUCAAAACUAAGCAUCUUUACUGUUAAAUGUUUGUGGUACAUAUCAUUGAUUACAUUGUGCAAGAUAAUCUUGUGGCCAGUGUGAGUAGAACUCUUGAUCUUGAUAUAAAUGUGACAUGUAUAUUACAUACAUACAUACAUAUUACAGAUACUAUACUUAUACUCACUAAAAUGUUUUAAGUGUAUAGUCCAAGUAAGUAACUUUUGCUUUUAGUGUUGGUAAAACUGCUAUGUCUUACUUCUGCUGUAUGUCUUUACAAACAAUAGCUGCUGCUCUGGUGAAUUAAACACUGUCAAAUGUGAGGCUGCAAAAAAGUGCUCCUGAAUUAAUUGAUCGUUUAGCAAUAAAUCAGUGAUGACAUUCACAAGUGUUUGCCCUCAAGAGAAGGGUUGCCAUGAAAGUUCUCAAGUGAUAACAGCACAUAAUCAUGUUGAAUUAGGGGCAUGUAAACAAGAAUCUGAGAGCAGGUAAUGCCCCAGUUGCAUCAUAUUUGCAGUCAGGUAAAUGUGUGAUUUAUGCAAAAGAAAAGGUUACGACAGUCCAAACGAUUUACCUGCUGCUUGAACAUAAGGUCAACAUUUGCAUCUCUCCAGCUCCAGUUCUUAUUUUG